CCUCUCUAGGAAGCGCGCGCCGCUCCCUUUAACCCGUAGAGAGCCAAGCGGCGGCGGGGGUUUGAAAGGCUGGAUUCUUAGAGAGGCAGGAAAUGGGGGAACAGGGGGAUGUCAACAGUGGGAGCAACUUCCUGCCUUGCGUCCCCCCUCCCCAUCAAAUGUUUCUGCAAAAGCGGCUUUUGAAUGCUGUUUGCCAGAAGCUGCAGGCAGGGUGAGUGGUUUGUCGUCCACCCAGGAAGGCCACCUGCUUCUGAAUGACCUUUCUGCAGGCCGGAGAUGAGGCAUCUCUGAAGGAGCCCUUUUGAGCCCCCUUUUGCGUCAAGACAGCAGCUCUGGUUUCCAGCGGGGUUGCGGGACGGGGGCAAGAGGCUUCGGGCUAAGCCUGGGAGGCGGGAUGGCGGUGGAGCAAGUGGACAGCUCCCCUACCCUGACUCUCCAGCUGCAGGCCAUUCCGGAUGAAAGCAGGGACCCAGAGAUGAAGAUGGAGCCAGAGGAGCUUCUGGGCCUCAAAGAGGCAACAGGGGCAGGAGACAGCUCACCAGACUCUCAGCCAGCGGCCAUCGGGGUCCCCAAACGCUGGGAAGAGCUGCAGCGCAUUAAGCAGGAGCCAGAUGAGGGCCUGUCGUCGCUCCGCUGGGAAGCCCAGUGGCAGGAAUUCCUGAAGGCAGUGCAGACCCCUCACACUGGCGAGGGCGACCCACAGCUGCCAGAAGCCGUGCCGUGGGGUGAAGACAAGAACACCCUGUCCCACCGUGAGAGGGCAGAGGCCGUCAGCCAGGGGACUCAAGAACAGAGCCAGGAUGGGGUCCUUCCUUUAAACAGAGCAGCCCAGCAAGCUGAUGGGAGGGCGGGUGCCACUGGCGAUAUCGGACAAGCGAUAAAGAUGGAGGACUCUGCCAGCUCAGAGGCCCAUCGCCAGCUCUUCAGGAAGCAAUGCUACCAUGACGCCCAGGGCCCUCGCAAGGUCUACGGCCUCCUGAGGGAGCUUUGCCAUCAGUGGCUGAGGCCAGAGAAGCACACCAAGGAGCAGAUCCUGGACCUGGUGAUCCUGGAGCAGUUCCUGGCUGUCCUGCCCUCGGAAAUGGGGAGCUGGGUGAAGGAACGAGGCUCAGAGAGCUGCGUCCAGGCCGUGGCCCUGGCAGAGGAAUUCCUCCUGAGGCACCAGGAGGCGGAGAAAGCGGGAGGGCAGGUGCCAGGGUCGUUCCAAGAGGCUGCUGUGACCUUCGCUGCAAAUGUGGAGGCAUUGCCGGAAACCGCCCAGAGACAGCUCGACGGGGAGUUCAAGCGGGAAAAUGAGGGGGUCUCCAGCGUGCUGGCAGGUGAUAGGGACCAGUGUGCUACUGGUGGAGAACUAUUCUGGGUCCCACAAGGAAGAGGAGUGGGUCAGGAGCUGGAGGAAAAAGAUGGGAGCCAAGGGAAGUCAGAGAAGCUUCGGAGCCAUGAAAUGGAGAUGUGGAGGGACAAAUUUCUCCCUUGCCUGGAUGACAACGCCUGCAAAAUGUCAGCCCAGCAGGGCACCCUCAAAAGGAAGAAGCGCAUCAGAAGCACGGUGAGCGAGAAGCUUUUCCGAGAUGAAUCGAACCUUCGUGGAAUCCACACAGGAGAGAAGCCGCACGACUGCUCGGUCUGCGGGAAGAUAUUCCGCAGGCGCUCGGACCUCAACAGCCACCAGCGCACCCACACGGGAGAGAAGCCCUACGUUUGCCUGAACUGCGGGAAGAGGUUCAGUCGGAGCACAAACCUUAUCUCACACAAGAGAAUCCACACGGGGGAGAAGCCCUAUAAAUGCUCGGACUGCGGGAAAAACUUCUGCCACAAAUCCGGCCUGAUAAGGCACCGGAGGACCCACACGGGAGAGAAGCCGUACGCCUGUCCCGAGUGCGGGAAGAGCUUCAGCCAGAGGCAACAUCUUAUCACGCACCAGCGGAACCACACGGGCGAGAAACCCUUUACCUGCUCCGAGUGCGGGAAGAGCUUCAACCAGAGCCAGCACCUUACCACGCACCAGAGAAACCACACCGGGGAGAAGCCCUUCGAAUGCUCCCAGUGUAGCAAGCGCUUUUGCGACAAGUCCACCCUUUUUAGACACCAGAGAAGCCACAUUGGGAAGAAACCCUUCAAAUGUUCCAAGUGCGAAGAGAGCUUCUACCGGAGCAAGCAUCUUAUCAGACACCAGAGAAUCCAUCUUGAACCUUCAACGGUCUAAUUUCAUGGGUUUUUUUUCCCUCCUAAGUUAAUGUAUAUAAACAGUGUUUGUUCCUUGCUUUUUGCUGUCUGCAAAUCAUGUUUCAAAGGGAUUUGGGAUACUUACUGCCUUCAGACAGAUGGGUGGGGUACAAAUAAAAAAAAUGAUCAUCAUCAUCAUCAUCAUCAUCACUCAGUAGCCCUCUCCUCAAUGAAUUUGUCUUUUUUUUAAUCAGUGGCCGUUGGUGCUUCCUGUGGCAGUGAGUUCCACAGUUUAAAUGUGAAAUAAUUUUCUUUUGUCCAGCGUUCGGCUUCAUUGGAUGUCUGGUGUUAUGGGAGCGCGAGAAGCACCUUAUCAGUGUUCCCCAUGGCUUGCAUUUCUUUCUCUGUGCCGCGCAUAGGUUCUCUCUCCUCAAAAUAAAAUAAAUGUAACAA